AUGGAGGGACAUGCGGAAAUGGAGAUGCUGAGGACGCUGAAGGGCCCUUCCACAGGGGAGGUUAGUGUGCACCUGGUGGCCAGAGACAGCUCAGGUUCUGGUCCUCACCUGUCCCCAUCUGCCUUCAUCCUUCCAGCCACCUCGGCCACACUUGGCCUGCCCAGUAGGACCCUGGAUGUGUCCUGCUUCUCUCGGGAGCCAAUCCAGGUGGGCGCCCUGGAGCGAGGGUCUGGCAGCGAACCAGUGACAGCCACCGUUCUGCCACAGAUGAAUGCUGGACCAGGGCCCAACACUAGUACCAGCACAUUACGGCUGCUGGAAUGGACGGAGGCUUCGGCCACGCCCCCUGGGAGUGGCCUACGGUUCCGGAUAAGCGAGUACACGCCGCUGAAAAUGGUGGGAGUGGAGCAACCACUGAACCCCGAGCCGCAGCAAGAGAGCUUGGCCGAACGUGAAGAUGGCGGGGCCCCCGCUAGAGGUGGUGAUUCAGGCACCCAGCAUCCUGGGGACCCCCCUCAGGACCCUCCAGAAGAGCCCUCUCGGGACCCCACAGAGGAUCACAGCACCUGUCGGUGCCAGGCGUGCGGGCCUCAGGGUACCUGUCCAGAUCUUGGCUCUUCCAACAACGGUUGCCCUCAGCUGUUCCAGGAGCGGUCAGUCAUUGUGGAGAACUCAGGCUGCACAGAUGUAUCUGAUCUACUCAAACCUAUGAAGAAGAGGAGGCACAGGGAAUACCAGAGCCCAUCAGAGGAGUCGGAGUCUUCCAUGGAGAAGCAAGAAGGAAAGGAUGCAGAGAGACAAGCCACCACUACUACCACUCCAGAGAGCGAAGAAUGGAGCAGCAGCCAGCCUGCCUCAGGUGAGAAGAAGGCGGGCUGGUCAUGGGAGUCCUACUUGGAGGAGCAGAAGGCUAUCACCGCCCCCAUCAACCUCUUCCAGGACUCCCAGGCGGUCACUCACAACAAGAAUGGCUUCAAACUGGGCAUGAAGCUGGAAGGCAUUGACCCUCAACACCCAUCCAUGUACUUCAUCCUCACGGUGGCCGAGGUUUGUGGAUACCGCCUCCGACUACAUUUCGAUGGGUAUUCUGAGUGCCAUGACUUCUGGGUCAAUGCCAACUCCCCUGACAUUCAUCCUGCUGGCUGGUUUGAGAAGACAGGGCACAAGCUGCAACCUCCCAAAGGUUACAAGGAGGAAGAGUUCAGCUGGAGCCAGUACCUGCGCAGCACAAGAGCUCAGGCGGCCCCCAAGCACCUGUUUGUGAGCCAGAGCCAUAGUCCCCCACCCCUGGGCUUCCAGGUGGGCAUGAAGCUGGAGGCUGUUGACCGCAUGAACCCAUCGCUCGUCUGCGUGGCCAGUGUGACUGACGUGGUGGACAGCCGCUUCCUGGUGCACUUUGACAACUGGGACGAUACUUAUGACUACUGGUGUGAUCCCAGUAGUCCCUACAUCCACCCAGUGGGCUGGUGCCAGAAGCAAGGAAAGCCCCUCACCCCUCCACAAGACUACCCAGACCCGGAUAGCUUCUGCUGGGAGAAAUAUCUAGAAGAAACUGGGACCUCCGCUGUGCCCACCUGGGCCUUCAAAAUGAGACCCCCUCACAAUUUCCUGGUCAACAUGAAGCUGGAGGCCGUGGACCGCAGGAACCCAUCCCUGAUUCGGGUGGCCAGUGUAGAAGAUGUGGAGGACCAUCGGAUAAAGCUCCACUUUGAUGGCUGGAAUCACAACUAUGACUUCUGGAUCGAUGCUGACCAUCCAGACAUCCAUCCUGCAGGCUGGUGCUCCAAGACAGGACAUCCUCUGGAGCCUCCUCUCCGACCCAGAGAUCCCAGCUCUGCUUCUCCUGGGGACUGCUCCCCCCUCAGCUACAGGAGCCUGCCGCACACCAGAACCUCCAAAUAUAACUUUCACCAGCGAAAGUGUCCCACUCCUGGCUGUGAUGGUUCUGGUCAUGUCACGGGCAAGUUCACGGCUCACCAUUGCCUCUCUGGCUGCCCGCUGGCUGAGAGGAACCAGAGCCGGCUGAAAGCAGACCUGUCUGACUCAGAGGCUUCGGCCCGGAAGAGGAACCUUCCAAGCUUGUCCCCGAGGAAGAAGCCUCGCCACCAUGGCAGGAUUGGACGUCCUCCAAAGUAUCGCAAGAUUCCACAGGAAGAUUUUCAGACCCUCCCUCCUGACGUCCUGCACCAGUCCUUCUUCCUGUCGGCCCUGUCCACCCACCCCGACCGCUCGCUCUCCAUGUGCUGGGAGCAGCACUGCAAGCUCCUGCCAGGCGUGGCAGGCAUCUCGGCCUCCACGGUCUCCAAGUGGACCAUCGAGGAGGUCUUUGGCUUCGUUCAGACCCUGACAGGUUGUGAGGACCAAGCACGCCUCUUCAAAGAUGAGAUGAUUGACGGCGAGGCCUUCCUUUUGCUGACACAGGCGGACAUUGUGAAGAUCAUGAGCGUCAAGCUGGGCCCAGCCUUGAAGAUCUAUAACGCCAUUCUCAUGUUCAAAAAUGCUGAUGACACCUUAAAGUGA